AUGAGAUCCUUCGAUUCCGGACCAUCUCGAGAAGAUUCAGGCCAGGGUCCCUUUGCAAGUUCCUCGCCGUCGCGAGUGCGGGUAGCUGAGCAUGGAGAUGGCCGUGAAGCCAAAGAGUGCUUCGGGAAUCAGGCUCCGCCCUUUUUGGGGCCCGGCUUUCUGAAACACGUCGUCGCAGAAAUAUCUGUGAAGCACUGUUGGUGCAUAUACACAGAUAUAUAUAGAGAGAGAGAGAGAGAGAGAGCGAGAGAGCCAAAAUGCAUUUCACAUUCAUCGCAUGCUGAAAUGCGGACUAUUGGCUGUGAGGCUGCGCCACUCGAGCUGGAGGUGACGAGGCGCAGAGCAUUGCCGUGA